AUGAGCAACGACAAAGGAUCCGUAAAAAAGAUGAGCGGCCUUCAGUCGUUUGCCAUUGAUUUCCUGAUGGGAGGAGUCUCUGCUGCUGUCUCCAAGACUGCUGCUGCUCCCAUUGAACGUAAUCAAGAUGAGAUGCUCAAGGUUGGCCGUCUUGCCACUCCCUACAAGGGUAUCGGUGACUGUUUCUCCCGUGUUAUCAAGGAGGAGGGUUUCCGUUCUCUAUGGAGAUCCAACUUUGUCAAUGUUCUCCGUUACUUCCCUACUCAGGCUCUUAACUUAGCCUUCAAAAGAUUACUUCAAGCGUUUGGUGGAAAUGUUGCAUCUGGUGGUUUUGCAGGUGUUGCUGGUUCCAUCUUUGUUUACUCCCUCGACUAUGCUCGUACUCGUCUUGCCAAUGACAACAAGUCCUCUGCUAAGGGAGGAUCUCGUCAGUUCAGCGGUAUCAUUGAUGUUUACAAGCAGACUCUUGCCUCUGACGGCAUUGUUGGUCUUUACCGUGGAUUUGCUCUCUCGUCUGUUGGUAUCUUCAUUUACCGUGGUCUCUACUUUGGUCUCUAUGAUACCAUCAAGCCCUUGCUCCUCACUGGUUCUCUUGAUGGCAGUUUCCUUGCUUCCUUUGUCCUCGGUUUCGGUGUUACUAAUGCUGCUGCUCUUGCUUCGUACCCCAUUGACACUGUUCGUCGUCGCAUGAUGAUGACUUCUGGUCAAGCCGUCAAAUACUCUUCUUCCAUGAACGCUUUCACUGAGAUUGUCAAGAAGGAAGGUGUCAAGUCUCUGUUCAAGGGUGCUGGUGCCAACAUUCUUCGUGCUGUUGCCGGUGCUGGUGUGCUUUCUGGAUACGAUCAGCUCCAGCUCCUCAUCUUUGGAAAGUCUUUCGGAGGUGGCUCUGGUUGA